AUGUCUGCAGACUACUGGCGGUCGACGCAAAGAGAGCGAUGGAAGUUUACCGCCGAACAGCUGUCGAAAUUACACCAAGAAGUGUCGCACAAUGAUCUCAAGAGCGGUAUUGAUGAUCCAUGCCAGGCGUGGGACGACCAUAUAAGAAUAUACAUCUACAAUCUGGUUCAAACGUUGGGUCAACGACUCGGCUGUCGCCGCCGAGUUCUCAGCACCGCGCAUGUUUAUUUGAUGAGGAUUUUCACCAAAAUCAGUAUUCAUGAGAUGAAUAUAUUUUUGUUGGUCACGACUGCGGUUUACGUUGCAGGAAAGACUGAAGAACAGCCCCAACAUAUCCGCACAAUUUCCAACGAGGCUCGGGUGCUGUGGACUGACUACAUGCCCAGCGAAGCCACGCUAAUCGCAGAGUGCGAGUUCUAUAUGAUCGAAGAGCUCCACGGAUGCCUGAUUGUUCACCACCCUUACCGAUCCCUGUCUUUUCUAUGUGAAAGUAUGGCAGAUACUCAUCCGUGGCUUGUUUUAAGCAAUGAAGAGUUCCAAGGCAUAUGGGCAGUCAUCAACGACAGCUACGCCAGCGAUAUUCCUUUGAUGUAUGCUCCGCACAUUAUAGCGACAUCUGCAUUGUACAUGACCCUCGUACUACGGCCCCAGCUGAUUCGACCGCCUCGACCACCAGACAAAAUCAAGGCCCGAAUCGAUGUUCUCGCCUCGUACCUUGGUAAGAGUGCAAUUGACUUGGAAAAGAUCGCAGAGUGCGUUCAGGAGCUUGUCAGUCUUUAUGCCCGAUGGGAGACUUAUGACCAGCGACAAACCCAUUUGCGAGUACUCAAAACUCUGAGCCUCGAGAAGCCAUGA